AUGGGCUUCGCUUUGAAGAGGCCGGAUGAUGCCGUGGGCUCUGCUGCCCCGGCAAUCAUGAUUGGAUUAUUCGUGGCUUUCGGUGGUGUUCUCUUUGGAUAUGACACAGGUACCAUCAGCGGUAUCCUUGCCAUGAAGAAGUGGCGUGAGAUGUUCUCAACCGGCUUUAUCAACGAGAAAGAUGGCCUCCCCGAUGUCACAGCCUCCCAAUCAUCGAUGAUUGUCUCUCUCCUCUCCGCAGGAACUUUCUUCGGUGCCCUCGGCGCCGCCCCUAUCGCCGAUAAAUUCGGUCGACGAAUGGGCAUGAUUAUGGAGAGCUUCGUCUUCGUCUUUGGAGUCAUCCUCCAAACAAUCGCAACCUCCAUCCCCCUCUUCGUCGCCGGUCGCUUCUUCGCUGGUCUGGGCGUCGGUCUCCUCUCCGCAACAAUCCCCCUCUACCAAUCUGAGACUGCCCCCAAAUGGAUCCGCGGCACAGUCGUCGGCGCCUACCAGCUCGCCAUCACAUUUGGUCUCCUUCUCGCCGCCAUCGUCAACAACUCCACCAAGGACCGCACAGACACCGGCUGCUACCGUAUCCCCAUCGCCGUCCAAUUCGCUUGGGCCAUUAUCCUUGUCGUCGGCAUGCUCAUCCUCCCUGAAACCCCCCGCUUCUUGAUCAAGCAAGACCGUUACGAAGAAGCCAGCAAGGCCCUCGCUCGUGUCCGCCGCAUGGAUGUGAAUGACCCCGCUGUCGUCGCUGAGCUCGCUGAAAUCCAGGCAAACCACGAACACGAGAUGAGUCUCGGAAAGGCUACCUACCUCGAGAUCGUCCGUGGAUCCCUCGGCAAGCGUCUCGCAACCGGUUGCGCGGUCCAGGGUCUGCAGCAGCUCGCCGGUGUCAACUUCAUCUUUUACUACGGCACGACCUUCUUCCAGAAUUCUGGCAUCCAGAACUCCUUCGUGAUUACUCUCAUCACAAACAUCAUCAACGUCGUUUCCACAUUCCCCGGUCUAUACAUGGUCGAGAAAUGGGGUCGUCGUCCUUUGCUCAUGUUUGGUGCUGUCGGAAUGUGCGUCUCGCAACUCAUUGUCGCUAUCGUCGGCACAGCCAUCGACUCCGACGUCUCGAACAAAGUCCUCAUCGCCUUCGUGUGCAUCUACAUCUUCUUCUUCGCCAGUUCCUGGGGUCCUGUUGCCUGGGUCGUCACGGGUGAAUUAUUCCCCCUCAAGGCUCGCGCCAAGUGUCUCUCCAUCACCACUGCCACCAACUGGCUGCUCAACUGGGCUAUUGCCUACGCCACGCCAUACAUGGUGAACAGCGGUCCUGGAAAUGCCAAUCUCCAGUCUAAGGUUUUCUUCAUCUGGGGUGGAUUCUGCUUUAUUUGUGCUGUGUUUGUUUACACUUGCAUUUAUGAGACCAAGGGUCUUUCGCUCGAACAGGUUGACGAGCUUUAUGCUAAGGUUCCCCGUGCUUGGAACUCUGUUGGUUGGGUUCCUUCUGUGAACUACCUUGAACAGCUCGAGAUUGAUGCCGGGGAGAAGAGAGCUGAGGGUGCUACGCACCUUGAGAGUGUCGAAACUAAGACUGAGGUUUGA